AUGGGCGCAUCAACCUCCAAAGCAGCAUCCGCCGCCAAAAACGCCGCUCCAAACGUAACCUCCUCCAUAGAAAGAACUGCCGCUCGAAAAUACCCAACACGAUCACCACCACGGAGUACAAACACGCAGCCUUCGCAGACGGAGCACGUAGGGCCAACUGUACAUCCUGAUUCUGGGGCUACGGGGGUGAGAGAUGCUUCAAUCCACAACGACGCAUCCGACCCCCAACUCUCCCCAGCCUACGCAGCUCGUCUCGCCCGCCUCGGCCCCGUCCAACCCAACCCCACACAAUCCAACUCAUCAACCUUCAAUUCCUCCCCGCAUUCCCACCCUGAAACCUCCACCACAACUUCCUCUAGCUUCCAACCCUCCGCCUCCACACCCAGCCAAUCCAUCUUCCCCUCCCCCGCCCAGAACCCGGCUAUCAGUCUGCUCACCGCGCGAUACCGGCUUGCUGAGGAAGCGGAGACGGAGUUUGAGGGAUUGGGCAGGAAGGGGAGUAAGGGGCGGAGUUUUCUGGAUGUGAGUACGUUGAGGCAGGUGCUUAUUUUGAGGGCGAAGGGGAUGCGGGAGGGAGAUAUUGAGAGGGCGCUUGAACUCAAAAGGGGGACGUGGGGAGGUUGGGGGGGAGGGGGUUGUGGCGGUUGUGGAUGA